CUUGGCACUUGGUUUGGCUUUAACUUCCUUCUCUGUAAAAACACAAAGCUGCUAUGCUAUGUAAGUUCCUUUGGUCCCUUCUCUUUGUAAACUAAACCCUCCUUAAUUCUCAACCAUCUAUUUCCACAACACACACACAAAUACAUGGCUCUGUAGAUAAAAAGAAAAAAGGUAAGAUUUUAAUAAACAAUAGGAAAAAUUAGAAAGUUCAAAUCUUUAUUGUUGUAUUCGGUAUAUAAAUUCGAUUGGGUAUUCAAUUUAUAUGGGAAAAUCGCUUGCCGCUUCGACCAGGAUUCACAAUCUUGCGAAGCAUCUAAAACCCUCAAAACACGCAAAACCCACAUCCCGAACUCAGCGCCCAGGCGGAGACAAGUCGAAGAAGAUGGAAAGCAGCGCCGAUAUAGUAAACGUCAACAGCUGUAGUGGCAACGGCAACAGCAGCACGCGCCUGCCUCUAUCAGAGGUUGUGUCGGAUUGCGUGAAGAGGUGGUUCAAAGACACCCUCAAAGAAGCCAAGGCUGGGGAUAUCAACAUGCAGGUUUUGGUUGGUCAAAUGUAUUAUAGCGGAUAUGGAAUACCUAGAGAUGCUCAAAAGGGAAGAAUUUGGAUGACAAGAGCAUCAAGGAUUCGGUCUUCAGUUUGGAAAGUUAGCGAUAAGCAUCCAGGUUAUAAUGCAAGUGAUUCAGACUCAGAUGAAUUGAAGGGUGAUUCUUAAUAAUACCAAAUUGGUUUCAUGACCAAAACAAUUACAAUGGAUGAUGUUGUUGCUGUUCCUCCCCGGGAUUUAUAUGUUUGUGACAAUCUCUAUUCUUUUUCCCUGCUCCUCUUUUCCACACCCUUUAUCUGAUUUAGUUUCCCUCAGGUGUAUGUGUUCAUGCUGUUUAAUAUGUUGAUAUGAAUGGUUAAUUGCACUUUCAAGACAAUCUUUGUGAGUUAAAUAUUGGAUUUUAUUUUCUUUUUUUUUCCAAAA